CACGGUUAGGCAAUAACCAUUUCACUUUUGACUGUUGAAACCAUCGCAAGCACCUUUUUCCAGCCCACCGAACGCACCAAUAUUGAAACGGAAUGAAGCACGUGCUCACACUGAUGGUAUUGGCCGUCGGUUGGAGUGCCGGAGACUCGUCGAGUUCAGUGUCGCAGAAAAAGCGGGAACUUCCUCCCGGGACCAGUGAAGCCUUCGAAGCGAACCAUAUCUUUGACACACAGUCCCCGGAAGCCAACCAGUGGGGCCAUAAGCAGUUGACGGAGGUCACCAUAACCAAAAAUGUUCCGGUGCCGUAUCCCGUGAAAGUCGAAAAGCACGUUGCCGUACCGGUGAAGAUUCCAUUCCCGGUAGCCGUCCGGAAGAAAAUACCGAUCGUGGUGGAGCGAAAGAUUCCCGUUUACGUCGAGAAACCUGUCCCAGUGCAAGUGGACCGGCCAGUGCCCUAUCCGCUGCCGGUUGAAGUGCCCGUUUUUCACCAGGUGGCCGUGGAAGUGCCCAAACCUUACCCGGUGCACGUUCCUGCUCCAUAUCCGGUGUACAUCCAGCAACCUAUUUUCGUUGAGAAAAAGAAUAAUAAAUACAAACGCGUCAAGAAGAACACAGUCAAAGUGCUACGGCAUAAGAAGAAUUAGUGGCUUAAUUUUGCAAGCCGUGUGCAGUUAACAGUGAACUAGUGUAAAUAUUUAUUUGAUAUGUGGAUAACAAGUAGCUUAAGCUCGAGAACUGGUCAAUGUUUGAAACAAGUAUUAAGACAAGAAUGAAAGUGGUGAGAUUCUGUUAUCUUAUUGACACAUAUGAGUCGAUUGUUCAUUAUAAGAAUAUAUAGAGAUGGCAUCAGUUGAGAUUUGUUUAAAUUUUCAUUUGUGCUUGAAACUUAAGUUAUAUUAUUACUAGAGAAUCCUUUUCCGAUGUAUAUGAUAGAAUCAGACCAGAAAAGUGUAAAUAUGAGUUAGAAUAAAUCCUUAAAGCGAUAUUCUUGCCUUCAAUAUGCACGUU